UGAAAAUUCUUUCUUUCAGUUUCUUUUUUUAUUUAAUUCGAAAAAAUUAUUAUUUAGUUGCUUUAAUAUAAAAAAAAUUAUUUAUGUGAUAAUCACACUCGUAGUAAAUUGUUUUCUGUGAUAAAACUAAAGAUUUUAUUUCUUCAAAAAAAUAAUUUGAGUUUAUUAGGAUUUUAAUGGAAAGUUGAUUCAGACUUUUCAUGCAAUAGCAUUUCCAUGGAUAAAGAAAAUAGACAGUAGUACCACUUUAGCUUAGCUGUCACCGAUUAGAUUACUUCUUUAUCAAUUUGAUACACGCCGUGGACUUAGACACUUAGACUUCAAAUGCAAUUACAGUCUGUUGUUGUCUUAUAAAUAUUAGUCAUUUGUUGUCAUCAUCUUCUUCUUUACAGCAACAUUUCAUCCUUUUACAAUCAAACCAAAACACCCAAAAUGGCCGACGGAGUUCUCUCUAACGUUGUCGGAGAUAUCAUUAUCAAGCUGGGUUCUCGAGCCCUUCAUGAGAUCGGAUUGUGGUGGGGCGUCAAAGGUGAGCUUGAGAAACUUCAGGACACAGUUUCCAGUAUUCGCGAUGUUCUUCUGGAUGCUGAGGAGAAGCAGAAACUUAACCGUCAAGUGAAAGGCUGGCUUGAGAGGCUAGAAGAAGUUGUUUAUGAUGCUGAUGACUUGGUAGAUGACUUUGCCACUGAAGCUCUAAGGCGCCGAGUGAUGACUGGAAAUAGAAUGACAAAGGAGGAGAGGAUUGCAUGGAGGGAUCAAACUGAGUCCUCUUUACCUGAAGUGGUUAUUGGGAGAGAGGGUGACAAAAAGUCAAUUAUAGAACUUGUAUUGUCUUCCAAUGGUGAAGAGUGCGUUUCAGUCCUCUCAAUUGUUGGAAUGGGAGGGUUAGGGAAGACGACUCUUGCUCAAAUCAUAUUCAAUGAUGAACUGAUUAAGAAUUCAUUUGAGCGAAGAAUAUGGGUGUGUGUUUCAGAUCCUUUUGAUGUGAAAAUGGUUGUUAGAAAGAUUCUAGAGUCUGCAACAGAGAAGAAACCAGAAGAUCUUGAGUUAGAAGCACUGAAAUCUCAACUUGGAAGAAUUAUUGAUGGAAAGAAAUAUCUGCUUGUUCUAGAUGAUGUGUGGAAUGAAAAUAGAGAAAAAUGGCAGAAUUUAAAGAGAUUAUUAGUGGGUGGCUCUAGUGGAAGUAAGAUAUUAAUAACCACUCGCUCUAAAAAGGUGGCAGAUAUAUCUAGCACAAUGGCACCACAUGUUUUGAAAGGGUUGUCUCCGGAUGAUUCUUGGUCUCUGUUUUUGCGUGUAGCACUUGAGGGGCAGGAGCCAGAACAUGCAAAUGUAAGAGAGAUUGGAGAGGAGAUUUUGAAGAAAUGUUGUGGAGUUCCUCUUGCUAUAAAAACUAUCGCAAGUCUCUUGUAUGAGAAAAAUCCAGAAACUGAGUGGCUGCUCUUUUCAAGAAAUGAACUCUCAAGAAUAAGUCAAGAUGAUAAUGAUAUUAUGCCAACACUGAAGCUAAGUUAUGAUCAUCUCCCAUCACAUUUGAAGCAUUGUUUUGCAUACUGCGCAUUAUAUCCAAAAGAUUAUGAGUUUGAUGUGAAAACAUUAAUCCAUCUUUGGGUUGUACAAGGGUUUAUUGUGUCACCAAGUAGGAGUGAUUGUGUUGAAGAUAUUGGGCUUGAAUAUUUUAUGAAACUGUGGUGGAGGUCAUUUUUUCAAGAGGUGAAAAAAGAUAGAUAUGGAAAUGUCAAAAGCUGUAAAAUGCAUGAUUUAAUGCAUGAUCUCGCAACCACAGUGGGUGGGACAAGGAUCCAGCUAGUAAAUUCUGAUGCUGAUGCAUUAAAUAUUGAUGAGAAAAUCAGUCAUGUAGCAUUGAAUUUGGAUGUUGCACCACAAGAAAUUCUUAAUAAUGCAAAAAGACUACUAUCAUUUUUUUUGCUUGGGAAACAUGAUUACGAUGAACUGUUUAUUCAUAAAAACUUAUGGUGCUUGCGUGCAUAUGAUAUGGGUAAUCAUAGCAUUAAGAAGGUGGAUAAUAGUAUAAAAAUACUAAAACAUCUAAGAUAUCUUGAUGUUUCUCGGAAUCGAAAACUUAGGGCACUUCCAAAUUCUAUUACGGAUUUGCUCAAUUUACAAGUAUUAAAUGUCUCUGGCUGUGACCAGCUCCAAGAAUUGCCCAAAGAUAUUAAAAAGCUUGUGAAUCUUAGGCAUUUAUACUGUGAAGGUUGUUACUCUUUGACUCAUAUGCCACGUGGGCUUGGGCAGUUGACUUCACUUCAGACGUUGUCAGUGUUCGUAGUGGCAAAAGGGCAUAUUUCCUCAAAGGAUGUUGGAAAAAUAAAUGAAUUGAAUAAACUUAACAAUUUGAGGGGACGUCUUGUAAUUAGAAAUCUAGGAUGUGUGGAUAAUGAGAUUGUAAAUGUUAAUUUGAAAGAGAAGCCACUCCUUCAAUCAUUGGAAUUACUUUGGGACCACCAGAGUUGGAAUGAUUCAAAUGUUGAUAGAGAUGAAAUGUCAUUCCAAAAUCUCCAACCACAUCCCAAUCUUAAAGAGUUAUAUGUCUAUGGCUAUGGAGGCAGGAGGUUCCCAAGUUGGUUCUCUUCCCUCUCGAAUCUUGUCAUACUCUGUAUAUCGGGUGGCAAUGGAUGUCAGCAUCUCCCAUCAAUGGUUCAAAUCCCUUCUCUUCAAUAUCUAUGUAUUUCGGGAUUAGACGAUAUAGAAUACAUGGAGAUUGAGGGACAACAAACAUCAUUCUUUCCAUCCCUAAAGACUCUCGAGCUACGUCAUUGUCCUAAGCUUAAAGGAUGGCAGAAGAAGAGGGAUGAUUCGACAGCACUUGAGCUACUCCAAUUUCCUUGUCUUUCAUAUUUCUCUUGUCAUAACUGCCCGAAUUUGACCUCCAUCCCUCAGUUUCCAUCUCUCGAUUUAUCACUAUAUUUGUACAAAGCAAGCCCACAACUUGUGCACCAAAUAUUCACACCAUCAAUCUCUUCUUCUUCCUCAAUCAUUCCCCCUCUCUCUAAAUUGAAGCACCUUUCGAUUAAGUACAUUGAAGAGCUCGAAUCUCUACCUCGAGAUGGACUGCGGAAUCUCACUUGUCUUCAAGCACUAACCAUUGAUACUUGUCCGGCAUUGAAGUGUCUGCCUCAGGAGUUGCAUUCCCUCACCUCUUUACGAGAGUUGGAUAUCCGGGACUGUCCCCAAUUGAAGGAAAGAUGUGGAAAUAAAAAGGGUGCGGAUUGGGAAUUCAUUUCACACAUCCAAAAUAUUGAAGUUGAUAGACAAACAAUUCAAAAGGAGGGCCGGUAUCUACUGGAUGAUGAAGCUUCGAUCAGUGAAGGAUAAGUUUUCAACUGUUGGAUGUGUUUCUUCCAAAAUGAGCAGUGUAUUGCUUUUGAGUUCGCUCAUCAAGCUAGAGGAAUCAUUUAUUUGUUUUUUACGCACCUGAAAUUCUAAUAAAUUGGGAAGUGGGAAACAAAUUCAAAGAGAUUUUAAUUGCAUUGGCAGAAGUUAGUAGAGGACGUGGAAAAGAUGUUAUUGCUGCAAUUACUUUGAUUAAUCUUCUAAAUUAGGAUGAAAAUUGAUUGUGCUGAAGAAAUGAAGCUGAAUGAUGGGAGUUUUGCACACUUCUUCGAAUGACUUGCUGCAGGCCUGCGUAUUUCAGGAUCUAAAUUCUCACUCGAGAACUCUGUUUUGAUCAUCCAACAUGCGAUGCCCAGACUCAUCUGUGCUGCUUUUUUGUUUCUAAUUUCUCUGAUUUUAAGUAGUUUUGCUAUUAUGCUAAUCAUUUGUUCAUUCAAUGCAAAUAACAUUAUUUUCCAUUUUUUCCUGAGAAAUCAGUUUUUGUAUAAAUUGUGGUGCCAGAAUAUGUAAGAGCACUGAAUUUUAGAUGAA